AUCAAGCCUAAUACUACAUGAAUGUUUAUUUUCGUAAUUUUAGAUUAUCAAGACUAAUACUGCGUGAAUGAUUCAAUUAUACAACUUCUAUAACACUUUAACUUUUUUUUCUCAGCCAAAACAAAAUAUAUCAAUUUAUAAAAAAUAUUUAGAAAUCUGAGAAAAUAAGUUAAUGGGCCGAGAAAUUUAGAUCCAAUAAGAAUGGAGGAGAAUCGUCGGAGUUCGCGUGUCCGUAGGGAGGUUCCAGUUGUAGGCGGCGAAAACACCAUCGAAUGGAUCAAUAUAUCUGUACCUUCUCCUUCUGAUGACAAAAGAUCUGUUGUUCUUCCCUCUCCAGAAGAAAACUACGCUUCUUCGAGCCGUGUGAUUGGGGAACCUCCGAUCUCUUUCGCUUGGAGAAUCAACCAAACAAGCCCAAACGUUCUCGAGCUUCUGCCGAUCUCUUCUAUGUUUCCAUUAACCGGGAUUCGUCUGGCCUUUGCUCAUUCGCUCUGUCAUUUUGCUUUUCCAUUCGUCGCCCAGGAGGUUUCAACCAUGAGCUUCGUGAUGAUACAUGGUUUCUAGGAUUUGUAAGGGGGACAGUUGCAGCUGUGAGAGAGAUAUCAAUAUCAGAAAUUCUUGGAAGGGUGUUCAUCAAUGUUCAUACUGAUGGAAGAUUACGUAUUUGGGAUAAUUUGAGUCGUACCAAAGUUUUGUGUAAAAGUAUAGCUAAUGAAAACUGUGAGUAUUAUCGCUGGGGUGAUUCUGAGUCUUGGAAUUUUUGACAAUGUUGCCUUGCGUCUAACUUUACGGAACCACAACAAACGCUGGAGUGAUUCUGAGUUUCAAUCUUUAAGUCUUGAUGAGCUUAAAAGCGAGAUUCUUUUACUAAUUGAGCAAGAGGUUACUGGUGAGUCUACUAUUUCAGUUUUUCACUGGUGGGAAAAUUUUUGUUCAACGUAUCUUGGUCACUGGCGUAACAAUAAUGAACCUCGCACGUUGCUGGUUCAGUCAGAUGGUAUUGGUCUAAUUAGAAACAAAUCGGUGUCACUCUUCUUUAGUUUAAAGAAGGCUGAGCACAGCCUUGGAGGACUUGGUGUCUGUCUUUUUAUAGGGCUUUCUUCUGAACACAGCAACCUGACAAGCUUAGGGUCUGAAAUGUCUCACAGUGAACAUGAGAUUCUAUUGGAGGUACUAAAUUGUACUUUGAAGAUCAGUAAGCAGUUGGGCACUGCUCCUUAUGCCAUGUACUUUGAAUCAGUUACUGGAAAGCCAGUUAUCUCUUCUGAUGAAACCUUUGGUGGCUUGGUUAACAUCCUUGAGUCAGGAUAUGACAUGUUCAUAGGUCAGCGUACAUGGUCGGAUCUUUGUGCUGAUAUAUCACGGGAAAAAGAGCUAAAAUCUCAUGAAAAUCUUAGAACUUUCUCUAUUGAUAUGUUAUUGUCUCUCUCUACUCUAUGUCAAAAGGCUGGAUCUUGGGAAAAGGUUUUUACCAUCAUCGAGAACCAUUUGCAGCAUCGUCUGGUUCCUAAGAAAUUUAGGUAUAACAAUAAUGGCGAGGCAUUAUCUGAUAUCUGUAGUUCAAUCCUCGUUCAAGCCACUUCUCAGUUUGCAAAGGUUAUGUUUGAGUCUGCCUUUGACAUCGUCCUACUCCUCAGCUAUCUCCUUAACAUCUCUGCUCAGGUUAGUAUGUCACAGCAAGACAUAUCCAAGCUACGGCUUAAGUUGCUUCCCAUGAUCCAAGAUAUUGUCUCACAGUGGCUCAUCAUCCUUUUCUUUGUUAACACUCCAACUUCAGUGGAUGAUUGCAGCUUUAAACUCUCAUCUCUACAGAUUGAUAGCAGCAUUGACAAAAAAUCAUGGAACAAAAUGCUUGGGAAAUGUGGUUUCUCAUUGGCAUACAUCCUUCUCUUUAGUGACCACCGAAGGUGUAUUGUGGACAGCCAAUUUAACUUGAGAUAUCUUCCAGAUUCAGAAAUCACUACAAGUUUGGUACAAAACUUUGUUAGCUGGAUUUGUUAUAGUAAAACAGGAGAGGACUCUUCUUCGUUGCUAAGACGCUCAUCUGAGCUUACUCUUAGGUUGAUUAGGAAUGGACAGGCUGAUGCUGUUGAGCGAAUCCUUGAGGUUGUGGAGGGAAGUUUACGUGGGGAGAAAACAUUUGGACAUGGUCAAGAUAGUAGUGGAGAUUGGUGUCUUCUUCAACAUCUCCGUGGUUGUUGCCUUCUUGAUCAGGUACAACGUGGGGCAUGUGGGAUAUGAAGAUUGAAGAAGAUUAGUGAUGCCACCCGCUGCUUCUUCAGAGCUUCAUCUGGUGAACGAUCUUGGAAGGCUUUGCACAGCUUGGCUACAGAAGCAGGAUUUUCCCAUUCCACAAUUGGUACCAGUAUUUCAGAUGGUGAACAGUCUUGUGCGACAUGGAAACUUCAUUACUAUGAAUGGGCUAAGCAAAUUUUUGAACGGUACAAUAUAAGUGAAGGAGCUUGUCAGUUUGCCUGUGCAGCCCUUGAGCAAGUAGAUGAGGCUAUUUCUUUCUUGGAAAGCAGUGAGAACGUCCUUGUACCUGUAACAGCUACCCUUGGUUUAAAAAAGCGCUCCCUUACCUCGCGCGCAAGGAAAGAAUGACGUAAAAGGGAAAAUUUCCAGUCUCUACGCAAUGUGCAGCCAAAAACCACUAGAAGUGGUCAUAAAUAUUACUCCCACCGUUUCUAAUUGCAAGUAGUUUUGCUUAAAAGUAUGAAUAUUUAGAAAAUUGUUAUUUAAAAGAAUAUAUCAUUUAACCAAUUAAUUUAACCAAUUAUUAAAAACC